AUGGACGAAGUCGAAGCGCCCCCCACUGCUGUGCAACAACCUACACCACCUAUAAAACAAGCUGAACCGAAAAAGCUCUCUUCACUAAUCAAUAAAAUCGAACUCUUGUGUAGUGAUUCCCAUAAGCGGUACCUACCAGCCUGUUGCGAAGCCUAUCUCAAACAUAACAAAUCCACUCACACGGAUGAGUAA